UGCAUUUGGUUAUCCAGCUCUUAAAUUUAGACGUCGAUAUUUUACAAACAUAAAGGCCUAUAAAACCUUUUUGUAACCUUGGCAUGGCAAAUGUUUUGUUUAGUAAUCAUAAGAGCAGCUGAAUAAGGUGGGCUUCUGACUGGAAAAUAUCACUAUGAAGAUAAAGAAGGCGCUCAGCCUGCAGGUCGAUGCUUCGGGAACAGCUGGGCUGGUACUUACAGAGACAGAUACUGGAAGGAGAGUCAUUUCCAAGGCAUAGAUGGAGUUCAGAAGGCUCUGGACGCAGCGUACGGCUCAGAGAAACCCAAAUUUUUGGUGAUCUGGGUGACGGGGUCAUUAUCGGGAUGUCCAGCAUGGAGCAGCUGAAUGAGAACCUGACGGCAGCAGCAGAAGGCCCGCUCAAACAGGAAGUCGUGGAUGCUUUCAAACACGCCUGGGAUUUAGUGGCCCACGAGUGUCCAAACUACUUCCGCUAGAUGCCCCGUGACAGUUAAAAAAUAAAAUGACAUGAAACCUGAUUUAUAAGAACUAAUACAGAGAUCACUUUAUUUUUUCUAUGUUCAUAUUUUGUGAGUGAACAGUGAUAAUUGAGUUGGACCAGUCUUCAGCUUCCUAAUAAACAUAAUAACAAAAUUAAACAUCUCUGAG